CUUCAGCAGCCACGAAAACCAUCUUGAAGAUAACGGAAAGAGGAACUUAGGAUUUCUUUCAAAACAAAACACACAGGCUUAUACCGAAAUACGCCAUAGUGGUAUAUUAUAACCAACGUAUCCUAUAGGAUUGUGUACGUUAACGGAACUGCUCUAUCGGCAGACUGGGCUGGCUGGGUCCGGCGUCUCGAGCCAAACGGUCCUCGGGAUGUUUCCGCCGCUGCUGCUGCUCCUCCUCCUCCAUGUCGUCGCCGUGGAGUGCAGCUCCGAGCCGAUGGUGGACGUCGUCGUGGACAGGUACCACAUGCCCAAACUUUGCCCGAGAGAGGUCCAAACCGAGGACUUUAUCCGCUACCACUUCAACGGAACCUUCCACGCUGACGGCAAGACGUUUGACUCCAGUCAUGAGCGGGGCAAAGCCUUCAUCAGUCAGGUGGGUCUGGGCCGCCUCCUCACGGGGAUGGACCGCGGCCUGCAGGGCAUGUGCGUUAACGAGCGCCGCAGGAUCACCGUCCCACCGCACCUGGCCUACGGAAGCAUAGGAACAGGGGGCGUCAUCCCACCGGACGCCGUGUUGGUGUACGACGUGCUCCUGCUGGACAUAUGGAACACGGAGGACAAGGUCGAGAUCCGCACGCUAAGCAAACCCAAAACAUGCUCCCGUGUUGCCAUGGCGUCCGACUUUGUCCGUUAUCAUUACAACGGCACCCUGCUCUCCGGGCAAGCCUUUGACUCCAGCCACGGUAGGAAUGCAACCUACGACACCUACUUGGGCCAAGGGGAUCUCAUUGAGGGCAUGGACCAGGGUCUGCUGGGAAUGUGCGUCACAGAGAGGCGGCUCAUCAUCGUCCCGCCAUUCCUGGCCUACGGCGAGAAGGGACACGGAAGUCUCGUGCCGCCACAGGCCACGCUGGUGUUCGAGGUGCUGAUGGUCGACCUGUUCAACCCCAAAGACGAUCUCAUCGUGGAGGUCAAGGAGGUCCCCGAAGGCUGCAUCCGCCGCACCGUCGUCGGCGAUUACAUCCGCUACCACUACAACGGAACCUUCCAGGACGGCACCGCCUUCGACUCCAGCUACCAGAGGAACAGCACGUACAACACGUACGUGGGCAUGGGCUACGUCAUCAAAGGCAUGGACCAAGCCCUGCAGGGCCUUUGCAUGGGGGAGAAGAGGAGGGUCGUGGUGCCCCCUCACCUGGCGUACGGCGGAGAUGGCGUCGGUGAGCUGAUCCCUGGCUCGGCCGUGCUGGUCUUUGACAUCCACGUCAUCGACUUCCACAAUCCCAACGACCCCGUCGACGUCCGCGUGACCCACAAGCCGCAGGAAUGCGACGCCCGAAGCGAGGCCGACGACUGGCUGCGGUAUCGCUACAACUGCUCCCUGAUGGACGGCACCCUGCUGUACUCCUCAGACCAGUUUGACUCGCCCUCCGUCACCACGCUGGGAGCCAACCAGGUCAUUGCGGGUCUGGAGCAGGGAUUGAUGGGCAUGUGUGUGGGCGAGACCAGAGAGGUGGUCGUACCCCCCCACUGGGGCCACGGCGAAAAUGGUGCCGCCGUUGUUCCCGGGAGCGCGGUGCUGUUCUUCCAGCUGGAGCUGGUGGAGCUGCGGAAAGGCGUCCCGGAAGGCUUCAUGUUCGUGUGGCUGGGAGACAGCCCGGAUCCGCUCUUCCCCGCCAUGGAUCUCAAUGGUGACCACGAGGUUCCUUUGCAGGAGUUUUCAGCCUUCAUCACGCUGCAGGUCCAGCAGGGCAACGGGCGCCUUCGGCCGGGAGUCCAAGCAGACGACAUCAUCCGGGACAUGUUCAACAGUCAGGACCUCAACAAAGAUGGCAAGAUCGUCGCAUCCGAAAUAAAGCUUCAGUCUGACGGCGACUCACGACGGGACGAGUUGUGAAAAGAUGGACGCUCUGAGGUGAUGUUACAUUUUAAUGUCAAACUGUGAUGUAGAGCCACAAAUGGAACGCUAAAAGCCACUUAGUGAAAGGUUUGCCUAGUCGGAGCUCUUGCUAAUAUUCUCAUCCUCGUGUAGCUAAAAGGCUAGCAAAAUAUUCCACUUUUUGAUGUAUUACUUGUAUGGCGCGUGUGUACCUAAUGUAGUGUCUAGUGCAGGGGUCAGCAACCCGCGGCUCCAGAGCCGCAUGUGGCUCUCCAGCCUCUUUGUUGCGGCUCCCUUUGCAAUGCUUGAAUAUUUUUUAGCACCCGUGUGGUGAAAAUGCACGUCUUUGUUAUGAGUUUACAAAAAUCCAACUUUGUGUGAGACCAUGAAUGCAUUCUGACUGAGUUCUGACUGGUGACUGAAUGAGCAGACAGGAUGCUAUCCAGUUCUCUCUGACAGGUUAACAUGAAGGGAAAUGAGUAAUACUUUGAGUUAUUUGAGUUAUUAAUUAUUAUUAAUGAGUUAUUUGACGAUUCUAAAAAAUAAAUUAGAGCUCAUUUAAAAACAAAAGUUUAUCUCCAGUACUAGCAAGAGUACUCCAACUCGUCUUUUUUUUUCCCCUCCAAUGUUGUUUUAAACAUACAACGUUUUGCGGCUCCAGGCUAUUUUUCUUUAGUGGGCAAGUGGGUGAAAUGGCUCUUUUCAUAGUAAAGGUUGCCGACCCCUGGUCUAGUGUAUGUAUUGAGCCUAAAAGAACAACUGUAGUAAUGGUGUCUGAAAAUGUUUUAUUUUGGUGAAAGACUGACUAACAGUGCCAAGAGAACUCUUGUAAAAAAACACAAAACGGUAUAACAAAGGUGACUGGCCAGAGUCUAAGAGGCUGAAAUGACGCAAGUACGUUUUAGACACCUUAGUAGCACCGUGUUACUGACGAGAACGUAGUAGUAGUAGAAUGUAGUAAAGAUGUGGAAGACUGAACAGUAUGCCAUGUGAACAGUGCAAAGAUGUCUUACCGUAUGGUCCUGCCGAGUGUCCCUGUACGCAGCAUCACUCUUUUUUUUUUUUUUUA